CAACCAAGUUCGAGCAGCUCGUUGAACACAGCUUUUUAUUUUCAAUCCGUGCUCCGCGAUCAACACCGAAAAGUAUAGUUUUUCCUUGGCAUUGGCAGUGCGCGAAGAAAAGUGGUGAAAAAUCGAAUAUUUCCCGAACUGCAGUUUGUGUUUUCCUUCGUUUUCCCCGGUUGGAAAACCUUCCGGAAGCUGUCGCAUUCGGUUUCGGAUAGGUGGUUGAAUGUUUGUGGUCGCAGUGCCGGAGUAAUAAUUGGUGCCAGGACCCAGACUCGCUAUGAGCGAUGAAAAUGGAAAAUCCACGGCGACCAGUCAAUCUUCGUCGUCGUCGAAUCCUGAAGCAGCAGCAAAGAGAAGAAAAUACAAAGUAGUCAUAAUCGGUGCGGGUAUGGCUGGAUUAUCCUCGGCGAAUCAUUUGAUUAAGAAUGGAUGCUCGGAUUUUGCUAUCCUUGAGGCUCGGAAUCGGGUAGGCGGAAGGAUCAUCGGAAUCGAGAUGGGAUCGCAAAAGGUCGAGCUUGGUGCAAAUUGGAUUCACGGUGUGUUGGGCAAUCCUAUGUUUGAACUUGCGAUGCAACAUGGACUGAUAAGCAUCAUCAAUAUUCCCAAACCGCACAAAGUGGUAGCGGCCACCGAGGACGGCAAACAAGUGCCUUUUCAGGUGCUACAGGAAAUCUAUGAAGCCUACGUUUGUUUCCUGCGGCGGUGUGAAGAGUAUUUCCUUUGUCAGUAUCUUCCGCCGCCGGAUGUUCACAGCGUUGGAGAGCACAUUAAUCUAGAAGCUGAGUUGUAUUUAAACAAUAUAGACGACUACAAAGAAAAACAUCUGAGGAAGUUGAUAUUCGAAUGCUUACUUAAACGAGAAACAUGCAUCACCGGAUGCCAUAGCAUGGACGAAAUUGAUUUACUAGAGCUAGGAAGUUACACAGAACUACAAGGAGGCAACAUAGUACUGCCUUCGGGAUAUAGUUCCAUUCUGAAGCCAUUGUGUGAUACGCUCCCAAAGGAAAACAUCAUCCUUUCGUGUCCUGUAAAAACAAUUCACUGGAAACGAAAAGGCCGGGCUCAUUCAGGCAAUAAUAACUCAGACGCCAUCCUUGAGGAGGAUGAAGACGAUAUCGAUUCGGAUGAUUCGGACAAGACAGUAACAGAAGUGCCGAUCGGUGACAAUCCUAGUAGUGGUGAUAAUAGCUUAAAGCAUAGCACGUCGAACGUUCAAAUCGAGUGCGAAAACGGUACUAUAUUCGAAGCAGAUCACGUAAUCUGUUCGAUCCCGUUGGGUGUGCUUAAGAAGCAUGGCCAAACGAUGUUCGAGCCUAGCCUACCGCAGUACAAACUGGAAUCGAUCGAUUCGCUACUGUACGGCACUGUAGAUAAAAUCUUCCUAGAAUACGAUAGGCCUUUUCUCAACGCCAAAGUCAGCGAGAUCAUGUUCCUAUGGGAGCACAUCGACCCGGAUCCGAACGCCGACGAGGAAGAGUACCUGAAAUCCAACUGGUACAAAAAGAUUUACUCAUUUUCCAAAGUGUCGGACACCCUGCUGCUGGGAUGGAUUUCUGGCCGCGAAGCGGAAUACAUGGAAAACAUUUCGCACGAAGUGGUCGCCGAAAAGUGUACGGAAAUCCUCCGAAGGUUCCUGAAAGACCCGUUCAUUCCAAAGCCAAAGCGAUGCGUGUGCACCAGCUGGAGCAAGCAGCCCUACAGUUGUGGAUCCUAUACCGCAAUCGCGGUCGGUGCCUCCCAGGACGAUAUCGACAAUAUCGCACAGCCCCUCUACUCUAGUCCGCAUCAAUCCAAGCCAUCGGUGCUAUUUGCUGGAGAACAUACCCACUCCAACUUCUACUCAACGGUUCACGGUGCUUACCUUAGCGGUCGAACAGCCGCGCAAAUCCUCCUAACGCCUGACUCGCCGCAGGAAAUUGUGAUGGAAUCGGAUACCAGUGAUCUUAGCUCUUGGAUCCAGGGCAUCGCUCUGGAAUAGUAAGAUAGACGACAACUAGAGAUUUCCCUGUAAUUUAUAAUAAUUUUAGCAUUUGCGGUUUGCCGUUACAUUUCCACCCCUUGUGCGAUCAUUUAUGUUGGUUUUCUUUUUUGUUAACACUUUUACGUUUCGUUCCUUCCUGUAUUGUGCAAACCUACUUAAUGUUUAGUUCCGUUAAACCAACUAUCAUACUAACUCGUGGGUUGCAUGUAAAUUUCAGUACCCUGUUAUAUUGUGUUUCCUUGUUUUAAGCAAACAUGUUCACUAGACUGAUGAUUUAGGUUUACACGAUAGCUGCAAUGGAGCUACGAACUACGCUGCAAAAACCUCGACAUAGAAACUUCAGUAACGCACAUUUCAAAGUUUGUUUGAAUUCCCAAAAUCCAAAAACUCUAUAAAACGAGAAUAUUUUCCGUACUGUUACAUUACGCAAUGGGAUUGUGCUCUCUUACUUACAAACUAUAUUUUUCUGCAGAUUUCCAUAAGUUCAAUCUAGUCCACUCGCAUAAUCGAACCUGUACCUAAAACUACGAAAACCCUACCAAUACACCUUGACUAAGUUAUCUAGUUUUACUUGUCUAUGUUGUUGAACGCAGAAAACAGUUAAUGUGCAUUUGUAUAGCGAUACCAAAUAGUAGAAGCUUCAGCAAUAGCAAUUACACGACGCAGUCGGACGGCUGAUUCACACCCGUUAAUCCUUAGAAUAAGCGUGAUGCUUUCAGUAUGAACCAAUAAACUAUUCACACGCCCCCACAUAUACACAAACCGUAAAUUUAUAAAACUACAAACGCAUUCACAACAAGCAUUAUAGCGCUCGGAACAGAUCCGGUUGAGGAAAGUUGAAAGAAUAGACAGUUUGGUCAUAAAUAAAAAAACACAAAAAGAACUGUUUAGGAUUGGACGGUUUUUCUACAUAGCUCUAUAGUAUUGUUUUUUGAUUGUAGAAUUUGAGGGAAUUUCAGGGCGAGACAACGUAUAGUAUUGUUAGCGGAUUGAAAGGAAAAUUAACGAAAUUUUAGAAUGAUUCAAAUACACAAUCGAUUCACUGUCAGAGCAAACGAUUGCAAAGAUAGGUUCUAAGCAAGCGACAAAAGUAUUUUGCUAAAAGUAAUAAAUUGGAAAAUAUCAAGUAAAAUCAAACAUUUCAAUCAA